AAUGCACAUAACGUAACCGCAUUAUCUGCGAAAAAAAAUAUCCAAGCAUUGCCGUUCUUUAUUUAAAAUUGAAAUUCAUUUAAUCAACGGCUGAGUUACAGUCAAGCAAACUUGUCGACAAACAAACAUUAAAACAAAACCGAUUAUUAUCUGGGUGAUAUAAACAAUUGUAAAUAACACACAUUUAUAUGUGCAUAUAUAGAUAUAUGUUUAUAGUAUUUAUGUGGCUACAUUUAAAAUAAAAAACGCAGAGCGCAAAACGCUCUGCUAAAAUAGUUAUUUACUAAAUUUAAAUUGGAAAACGAAUCGUAAUUAUGAGAGAGCAUACAAAGUAGGUGAGAUAUUUCGUCAAAGGUAAGCGACUAGAGUUUUAGUUCCAGUAAAAACAACGUAACUAUCGGUUGACAAACGACAAUUGCGGAAUACCUUGAAAUAUUCAACAAAAAAGCAAACAAAAAUAAUCCAAGACAACCAACAAAUAUGCCAGAUAACAGCACAAAAUUUAAUCCGAAUUUGAAUCUCGAAAUACCGAAAUGGAUAAACGAGAAAUACUUCGAAAAAAUUCUACAGAAAGAUAUGCCACAGUUCAAGAAAAUUUUAAAAUUCACACCUACAGCUGCCACGCCACCCGGGGAGAAUUACACAUCAAUUAUGGUACGUAUACACAUGGAUAUAGAAAUGAAAGAUGGCUUUACUCAACAGCAGUCAUAUAUAAUGAAAACCAUGCUAGAUAAAGACAAAGGAGGUACGUUUAUAAACACUCUAAAUCUAUUCCCCAAGGAAAAAUUUAUGUACGAACAAUUGCUGCCUCAACUGGAAACGCUCUAUAAUGAUAUUAAUAAGAAAGUAAAAUUGGCGCCUAAAUGCGUCUGGGUUGAGGAGAAGGCCGAACGCAUUACACUUGUUCUAGAAGAUUUAAACACUAAAAAAUUUAAAAAUAUAAAUCGUCUGAAAGGUUUCGACAUGGCACAUAUGAAACGCGUUUUAGAAAAACUGGCUGAAUUUCAUGCAGUCACAGUGAUAUGGCAGCAGCGUAAUGGGGCAUACCCAGAAGAAUUUCAAAAAAGUUAUCUACCCGCAAACUAUCAGAAAUCGAAAUCUUAUCAAGCACGCGUGCAAAGUUUCAAAGCAGCGAUGUCUACUUGGGGCUUGGAGGAUUAUGAGAAAUACGCAGAGCGCAUUCCAAAUGCAGAGCAAUUUGUUAAUGCUGCUAUGGGUUGUUUUAACACUGAUCCGAAUGAAUUUAAAGUUUUAAAUCAUGGAGAUUUUUGGUCCAGCAAUAUCAUGCAAAACUAUACUUCAACUGGUGAAAUCAAUCAAAUACGUUUUAUUGAUUUUCAGUUAUGUAAAUGGGGUAGUCCAGCACAAGAUCUCUGGGAAGUCAUCAUGUGUUCAUCAGAAAGCAAUUUACGUAUACGAGAAUUCGAUAAUUUUGUACGUAUUUAUCAUACACAUCUUCUCAAAUGCUUAAGGCUACUUCAAUCUACAAAGCCACUACCAAAGCUACGCGAACUCCAUAUAAGCAUGUUGAAACAUGGAUUUUGGGGCUAUCUAACAACAUUUACACAUUUGGUAUUGAUUCUCCUACCAUCGAACAAAGAAGCUAGUCUAUUAAAUUUAAUGCAACCCGGAGAAGAGGGCGAUAAAUUCCGUCUUAAGGCGUUUACAAAUCCCGUGUAUGUUCGAGCAGUCUUAGAUAUUUUUCCAUUUUUACUUCGACGUGGCAUAUUAGAUUUUUAAUUUUAGUUUAAAUAUAAGUGCACUAAUGUAUAUAAAUGUUUAAAUGUAUAUAAGAAACAAAUGCUUGUUCUACACAAUACUAUUUUUAUGUUAAUAAAAUAUCA